CACACACACACACACACUUGUGCACCUCUGGCUGGAUAAUGUGUGUUGUGAUAGCAGUUGCCCCUCUCUCUGUGUGUGUUCCAGUCAAGCCCAGUGUGCAGGUGUUCCGUGCUCGGUUCUCUGAGAUCACUCCCAACUCUAUCAGGAGAGCAUGUGACAUGUUAACGGAACCAGACGGCAACGUCAGUGAUGCUGUGGACGUUCGUCAGGAGCUGGACCUCAGGAUAGGUGCAUCGUUUACCAGGUUCCAGACACUCCGCCUCCAGAAGACCUUCCCCGCCUCGUUAGCCAAUCAGCUGAUCUCGUAUGGCAGUUGUCAGUUCCCUACGCUGGGAUUCGUUGUGGAACGUUUCAAAUCCAUCCAGGCGUUUAUACCGGAGACAUUCUACAAGAUCAGAGUCCUCCAUGAGGUAGAGGAGGAAUCAGUAGAGUUCAGCUGGAAGAGGAACAGACUGUUCAACCACACAGCCUGUCUAGUGAUCUACCAGAUCUGUAUGGAGGAUCCCAUAGCAACCGUCACCUCGGUAACCAGUAAACCCAAAAGCAAGUGGAGGCCGCUGCCCCUGGACACAGUGGAAAUGGAGAAGCUGGUUUCCAGGAAGUUGAGAAUCGGCGCCAAAGAGACCAUGAAAAUCGCUGAGAAACUAUACACACAGGGGUUAAUCAGUUAUCCGCGUACAGAGACCAACCUGUUUCCUAAGGACCUGGCCCUGGGCCCCUUGGUGGAGCAUCAGACACACAGCCCCUCCUGGGGGGCCUUCGCUAGGGGGGUGAUGGAGCAGCCAGGGGGACCCAACCCACGGCAGGGCACCAAGACAGAUCAGGCUCACCCCCCUAUACACCCCAUCAAGUACACCAACACACUACAGGGCAACGAGCAGCGUGUGUAUGAGUUCAUUGUGCGUCACUUCCUGGCGUGCGUAUCCCUUGAUGCUGUGGGGCAGGAAACGGUGGUCGAGGUGGAAAUGGCUCACGAGAGGUUCUCCGCAAACGGCCUCAUGAUCAUCAGGAGGAACUACCUGGACGUGUACCCCUACGACCGCUGGAGCACUAAGGUGAUCCCAGUGUAUGAGCAGGGUAGCCAGUUCCAGCCAUCAGCGAUAGAGAUGCUGGAUGGCCAGACCUCACCUCCUCAACUCCUCACGGAGGCAGACCUCAUAUCACUGAUGGAGAAACACGGCAUCGGUACGGAUGCCACCCACGCAGAUCACAUUGAGACCAUAAAGAGCCGUAUGUACGUGGGACUAACAGCUGAUCAGAGGUUUCUACCAGGAGAGCUUGGGAUGGGACUGGUGGAGGGUUAUAACUCCAUGGGGUAUGAGAUGUCUAAGCCACACCUGCGGGCGGAGCUGGAGGCGGACCUGAAGCUGGUAUCGGAGGGGAGGAAGGACAAACAGAGCGUCUUGAGACACCACAUUCACAAAUACAAGUCGGUCUUCGUAGAGUCUGUUAAGAAAGCCAAGAGGUUGGACGAGGCUCUGUCUAUCUAUCUGGGCGCGGCCCAGGAGUUCAGCGAAUCAGAGCAGCAGGAUAUGGAAAUGCCCCUCCCAGUCAGGAAAUGUCCUCAGUGUGGGCGGGACAUGGUGCUGCGGAGGAGGAAGGAGGGGAAUGGGAAGUACCUGUCCUGCGUUGGUUACCCAGAAUGCAAGUGUUCCGUGUGGUUUCCGGACACGGUGUUAGAGGUCAACAGAGACGAGUCUGUCUGUCCCACCUGUCAGCCCCGCCCCGUUCACAUGUUAAAGUUGAAGUUCCGACGAGGCAGCCUCCCUCCCAUGAUGCCGCUGGAGUUUGUGGGCUGCAUCGGAGGGUGUGACGAGACACUGAGGGAGGUGCUCAACCUCAAAUACCUCAGAAUGGGUGGAGAGGGGGUGGCGGGAGGAGUAGGAGGAAGAGGGGGAGCUGGGGGAGGAAGAGGAGUAGGAGCAGCUGGGGGAGGAAGAGGAGGAGCUGGGGGAGGAAGAGGUGGAGCUGGGGAAGGAAGAGGAGGAGGAAGGGGAGACACUGCAACCAAUCAACCUAGACCUCGCCCAGCCCCCAGACCGGACCCCCUGUCUCUCCAAGCCCCCAACCCCCCCUCCUCGUCCUGGCCCCCUCGCCCUGACCCCCAGGCCCCACGCCCUGACCCCAGAGGUGGUGACAUCACAGUGUGUAACUGUGGUUCGGAGGCGGUCCUCCUCACCGUGAGGAAAGACGGUCCUAACCAGGGCAGACAGUUCUAUAAGUGUUCCUCUGGAGGCUGUACCUUCUUCCUGUGGACCGACCAGCCCGACACUAACGUUUACCCUCCAGGCCCCCAGGGGGCGCCACCCAGCAGGCCACAACAGCCCCCCGGGACCUCCGUGGGGGAGGUGGUUUGUAACUGCAGUGAGCCAGCGGUUCAGAGGACAGUGCAGAAAGAAGGACCUAAUAAAGGACGAGUGUUCCAUACCUGUGGGAAGCCCAGAGAUCAACAGUGUGGAUUCUUCCUCUGGGCUGACGAGAACAUCCCACCACCAGGUUCAGGUUCUGGAGGGGGAGACUGGGGGAAGAGGGGGAGGGAGACUGGGGGAGGAGGAGCCCCCCCCACCACCAAACCCCCCGCUACCAGGAAGCCCCGUACCUGUGGCAUCUGUCACAUGCCUGGACACACACGUGUCACCUGCCCUCAGCGCUGACCUUUAACCCCAGAUCCCACUGCUGCCAUAGAGAUGCUCUGACCUCCGUGUGACCUUGUCCCCGACCUCUGAACUCCGAUGUGAUCAGGAAGCUCAGCGGUUGAUGUUUUUGAUAUAAACACAGAACUAGAAUCGGUUUACCUUCAGCUCGCCCCUUAACCCUAAACAUCAGGAGGGGAUCCCAGACGGACCAGAGGUCAGCUUGUAGAGGUGUUAAACCAGGGUUCAUUUGGGACAGGAGUGGAGUGGGACUGGGUUCAUUCUGCCUGUGUCUCACCUCUGACAGAGAAACUGCAUUUAAAGGACAUGGAGAAUAGAUCAAUAUUUGACAGAGAAAUAAAAGAAUGGAUUUGAUUGGUAAUUUGUCCCCAAUAUGUAACAUUACUGGUAUUUUUGAAUGUUUAUAUAAAAUCACUGUUCCCAGCAA